AUGGACUAUACACAACAAGUUGAGGCCGUGUCCCGCGCCGUCGCCAAGGACGUCGUCACGCUCACCAACGGCAAGCCGGCGCGCGCCAUCAUCCUACGCGAGACCUUUCCCGCGCCCGUUCAGACCGUCUGGGACGCCGUGACCCAGCCCGAAAGCCUGGCCACCUGGUUCGCGCCCGUCUCGGGCGACCUCCGCAUGAACGGACACUACAGCAUCAUGGGCAACGCCCGCGGCACCGUCACCGAGUGCAGGCCGCCCGAGGGCUUCGCCCUGUCCUGGGAGCUGGGUGAGGUCAUCAGCGCCGUCCGCGUCAACCUCCGAGCGGCCGACGACGACGCCGUGACGGAGCUUGAGCUUCGACACACUUUUCCGGUCGACGCGCACUGGCGCGAGUACGGGCCUGGCGCGGGCGGGGUUGGCUGGGACAUGACGCUGAUCGGGCUCACGCUGUUCUUGGCGGGCCGACCGAAGCCUUCGGAGGAGGAUUGGGCGGCGUCUAGAGAGGCGGCUGAGUUUGCAGAGAGGGCAAGCGAAAGAUGGCGGGAUGCGGCGAUAGAGGGCGGUGAGGACGAGGCGUGGGCGAGGAAGGCGGGGGAUAAGACGACAGCGUUUUACGUGCCGGGUUGGAAGGCCUAUGCUUCAAGUGACGGGAAGUGA